GGAUUCCAACAGGAAAAUUUGUGUCUGGGCAGUUCUUGAGGAUGGCAAGCAAAGGCCCCACAACUUCUGCAUCAACAAAGAGCUCCAGUACUGGAGGGACCAGUGGCAGCAGUAGCAGUAAUGGUGCCGGGGACAACACUAAUCAGGACAACACUUUUGAAUGUAACAUCUGUUUAGACACUGCCAAGGAUGCAGUUAUCAGCCUCUGUGGGCAUCUCUUCUGUUGGCCUUGUUUACACCAGUGGCUAGAGACCAGGCCAAACAGACAAGUGUGUCCUGUGUGCAAAGCAGGAAUUAGUCGAGAUAAAGUUAUUCCUCUGUAUGGAAGAGGUAGCACUGGGCAGCAGGACCCCAGAGAGAAGACUCCACCACGACCCCAAGGACAGAGACCUGAACCAGAGAACAGAGGGGGAUUCCAGGGCUUUGGGUUUGGUGACGGUGGCUUCCAGAUGUCCUUUGGAAUUGGGGCAUUUCCCUUUGGUAUAUUUGCAACAGCCUUCAACAUAAACGACGGGCGACCUCCUCCAGCUGUUCCAGGGACUCCUCAAUAUGUGGAUGAGCAGUUCCUUUCCCGCCUCUUCCUGUUCGUGGCACUGGUGAUAAUGUUCUGGCUGUUGAUUGCGUAAAUCUUUUCCAUUAUUCUAUAUAUUCAUGACCAACAAGGCCACUGAAACAGUUACAAACUGCAUCCCCAUCCCACUUUAAAACUCUUGGUGUUUGGUUCCGUAGCUACCUAUGGGCUUCAGGAAUUGGUGGUACCACAGCACAAUGAGGAAUCUCGCAUUUUGCACCAGAGUUGGACAUUAAACAUUGGUUAAAAAGUGUA